UUUUUUACAUCUAAAACAAUAAUUAUUGUAUCGUAUAUUAUAACAUGUCAGAUUUUUUGUUAUAACUACGUAACCGGUUAUAAGCUGCCGAAUAAAGUGUCGCAUUUGACAUUAUUAAUCUGAAAUCUUGAUAACAUUAUAACGAAAAGAGAUAUCAGGCCAAUAAGAAACUUGACAAACUUGUCGAUUUCAGUCAGGUAGGACAUACUUAUUGAACGCGACACGUCAAUUUGACACGCAGUUUCUUAGCUGCCGUGACAUGUGUCAGAUUUAGCCAUGUCAUCUGUCUCGGUCACUCGUUUCUUUUGUCUCCGUCAUCCUCGUGAAAGCCACAAAUUCUGGCCAUGCAUUUAUUUUUAGGUUUGUGCACUCUCUAAUAGUUUGCAUUCAGUUGAUAGUAAAAUAGAACAACAUUCAUUAACUACAAUUGGUUACUUGACUUACGUGUUGAUUUAUUUAUUUGUUCCAUUUGAUACCAAAUAAAAAUUUACAUUUAUGAUAAGAUUUACACAGCGGAAUGAUUUCUUCGUAAAGCUUAUCCCUAGUUCUGAUAUUUUUGGUUUUGUCACUUGUGGUUCUUGUUUCAGUGCUCUAGCUUGAAAUUUGGUCGAUGUGUUUUGCGGAUAGGAGUUCGUUUUCUUUUUUAAUGUUUUAGUCUUGUUAGUUUUUCCAGGGUUGGUACUUCGUUUCCCUCGUUUUGAAACUUAAGAUUUGAAACUUGUGGGCUUAAUUAGUAUUUCAUCAAUGUAUUGUAAACUGUGGUGAAAAUAGUUACAAAAAAACAAAAAAAAAUUGUGGUGAAAUUUAUCCUAAUCUACUCUAUUAAAAUAGAGUUAUUCUAAAAAAAUUACUACAUAAAGUUGCUAGACUAAUUCAUUAAUAACUUAACAUGUAUUUAUUUUUAAUUAAUCAAAAAUAUAACUCUUAAAUAAAGGUUAAAUAUUGUUUCAUUUUUAUCUAAUUUAUUAAAAUAGAAUUGUUCUACAAAAAUCUACUAUAUAAAAUUGUUGGACAAAUUCAUUAGUAACUUAACAUAUAUAUAUAUAUUUUUUUUUCUUUAAUUAAUAAAAAAUAUAACUUUUAUAUAAAGUUUGAUUCUAUUAAAAUAGAGUUAUAAUAUAAAAAAAUAUUUAUAAAUUAAGCCAUUGAAAUUAACUUAAGAAAUUCAUUAAAACUAUUUGGGGUUGAGGCAACGUUAUCGAAUGAGAUUGAAAAAUAUGAAAUAACAUUUCAUGAAGAGAUAGGGAAAAAACAAACAGCAUUUUUGUUAACUAAUCUCAAAAUGAAAAGUAUCUUUGAUAUAUGCGCGAGUUUGGUUCUAGUUACUAUUUACAACAGAGUGGAAGAAUGAGGAGAAAAAACUAAUAUAUAGACUUUCUAAUCUUUUUAUGUUAAUGAAAGUUCAGUUUAAAAAGGAUAAGGAUUACUCAUAUACAUCUUAGAAUUGCUUUACAUAUACAUAAUAUAAUGAUUAGUAAAAGAAAGUGGAAAGUGGAGUAAAUGAAAAAGUGGAAAUGAAUGAAAAGUAAAAUAGAUGGUAUGAGAAAAAAGAAUAAGGGAAUUCGAGUAAAUGUGUUUCUUUAGUAAAUGUUAGAGUAAAAGUUAGAGUGUUUUUCUCUUUAUGUACAAUAAAAUGUUGAAAAUGUGAAAAGCUUUGUUUUACCUGAUUGGUGGAUAUGUAGCUGAAUUUGGAGUAAAUUUAAUUUCAGAGUAAAUAUUUACUCUAUUGAUACCAUACAAUCCUAGCCAUAGAUCAUAUGUUAUAUGAUAAGUAGGUUUUUGUAUUGAUUAGAUUUCUAAAAAAAUAUUUUUUCAAAGUAGAUAUAAAGAAUUUUAUAUUUAAUUAUAUAAUAGAGUAAUUAACUAACUGUUAUAAUCAAUGCUAAACAACCCUGAAAUGAUCUAAUCAUUAGAUCAAAGCUGAAGGAUCUACAUGAAUGUCAAGAGAAGAAGAAGAAAGAAGAAUCCGGUAUAUCCUAAGUGUAUCAAAGAAUUGGUAUAAGGUAGAGGGUUUACGAUUCUUAAGUUAUUGUAUUGUUCGGUUUAGAAAAGUGUCUUUUUUCAUUAGUCACACGUGUGUUUAAGACGAGUGUAAUCAACUGAGAUAUAAAGCUAAGACCAUCUUUAACGGGAGCGCUUAAUGCUGGUGCUUACCCUAAUAAAGAUUAAAAAAAAAUAGGAUUAAUGAGAAGAAAUGGUGCUUAAUGAAGCGUUAGAAGCACCGCUGUUUGUGGGACACGUGUUGUGUCUUGGAGACACCUCUCUCUCUCUCUCUCUUGACAAAAUCAUUCGGCAUCUCUCUCUCUUCUUCUCUUCCGACGAAACCUUCAUCAAGACGAAGAUCAAAGCAACAAAGCAAUAAAUACACAUCAAUCCUUCUCGUCGUUAGAUAUAUUUGAUUUCUGUUCUGAACCAAAAUAAGAGACAAAGAGAUAUCACAUAAGACGUGAAAAGGAGACAAAGAUUCGCACAAGCAAACUGAACGGAUCAAAAAAAAAUCGAUUCGAUUCAUCUCCGCAAAAGAAAUAGAUUUGAUUCUGAGUUCUCAUCCCCAAUAGGUAAGUUGAUUUCUGGAUACCCACCAAAUAUUUGAUCGAUUUCAUUGAUUUCCCCUAAUUUGAUGUCGUAAAAGGCUAGUCUUUGUGGUUAAUUGGUGAUUCUAGGGUUCUUCAUACUCUGUUUUGUAGCUUUAGGGGUUCUUGAUACUCUGUGUGUAGCUUUAGUUGGUGAUUAUAGUGUUUUUUCUUACUGGUACACAAUUGAAAUCGUGUUCUGAUAAAAAGUCUUGCUUUUUAUGUAGAUUGUGUUGUUUCUGAGAAGACAUCAAAUGGCGGUUUAUGAUCAUAGUGGAGACAUUGUGUUCAGGAUUCUCACUCAAUCGUUUCUCUGCAGUGCUAACAACGAUGAAGAGGUUCCUCUCCAAACUCACUCCCAGGCAAAUGGGUUUCACGAAUUCGAACUCUUUCUUUGUAAAGCUCAGUACCAAGAAACAGCACUACUACAAUCAAUGCAGCUCAAGUUGAUCAGACAAACCUGAAAGCUCAGUUUCGUCUUCCCAUUGCAUACCAUGGAAAGGCAUCAUCUAUUGUCAUCUCUGGGACUGACAUUAUUCGACCAAGGAUAGAUUAGUUUCUUCCCUUGGUUUGUUUUGAGUUUGGAUAAUCCUUCCAUUCUAAUAGAAUAAGGUCCAAGAGGUUAAGUUAUUUAGUCGUUUGAUGAUGCAUACAUUGAAUGUCUGUUUUGGUGUUUUGAAGCAUGCAUGUGAAUAGAAAGUCCUGAAAUUAUUCGAUAACAUUCAUAUGAUUGAUUGAGUUUCAUAAGUUAUCUUCCUUCUCAUCACAAUGUUUCAUAAUUUGUUUUUUAAGAAUCCCAAAAUAAACAACUUGCAUUGGAGGACAAUAAUUUAUAGAUUUCUUAAAUUAAGUGCUAACACCCGUUUAUUAUUAAAAAGUGAUUUAAGCACCCCAUUAGGAAUGCUAGGGUUAAUGGUGAUCUAAAUGGUCAAGUUUUUGAGCAUCGCUUUGUAAUAAGUCAAGAAGAAAGAGAAAGAGAACUGAGUGUAACAGAGUUCGCUUGUGAGCAGUAUAGUGAUUGCUGAUUCAUUCCCAAACUCCAAUGAGAUAUAGCGACGUUUUCUGAAUCAAGGAGGAGUGCGGUGAAUACCGGAUUAACAUAUAUACAAAUCAUCAGUUUUAGAUUCUUGUUCGUGCAAUCGAGUUCAAGGAGAAGUCAAGAUCGAGCGAGGUUCAAUUAGUUCAAUUUAUCACAUAUCGGAAUAUAAAUUUUUAUUUUUUUUAACACACCUGAUAGUAAUAUCAUUUAGAAAAAAAACAACUGAAUAGCUUGCCUAUUUUUAGUGUUCGUCCCUACAUACUCAGAUGAGAUCGACAAUGAACUUAAAUAAUAUUAAUGGUUGUAUCUCGUAGCUUCAUUAACAUUAUAAGUUUUGAAGUCUACGAAAAGCCAUUAAUCUCUUCGUGCAUGUAAAUGAAGAAAAAAUUGCAACUUAUUAUAUAACAUUUAAAGCGAACCAUAUAUGUAUAUGAAUGGUCCCUAUUCAUUUAUUUAUAUUAUGUUAUUAUCAAGCAAUAAAUUUCAGAUCAUGCAACUUAUUUACAUAUCCCCACAUACACAUCCAAUCACCAUCACACAUUGUCAUAUACGUUUUCAACAAACAAACAAAUUAGAUACAUCAUGAACAAAACAUAUACUCCUUAAGAACUGAUUUUUCUAUUUUAAAAUAUAUUAAAUAAAGAAACAUUUAAUUUAUUGACUAAUUGUUGCUAUGUUUUGUUUUUAGUAAAUGUUGUACUAUUCACUCUUAAGGCAUUUUUAAAUGCACUACCUAAAAUAUAAAUCCUUUUUUAUCUAAAUCCUUUUUAAUAAACAAAACAUCCAGAACUUCAAUCCUCAAAUAAAAAGUAUAAAAUCAUUUCCAUUAAUAUGAAAUUUAUUUUGGAUUUCUGAGUAUACUUAAUAUUUUAUUAGAAAUUAGUAAUAAAAAUUUAUUUGAUGUUUUAAUUUGAUAACUAUCCAAUCUAUCCACGCAUGUUAUAUUUCACUCGAACUCACAUAGUUAUCACAUUCACACCCAUACAUCUCAAAAUCAAACAGUCAAUUUUAUCUUUGACUAGAGCCGGUGUCCGCGCUCCGCGCGGAUUACAUAUUUAAUUAAAGUAUGUUAAUAUUUGUGUUAAUGGAUUUCUACGUGUUUUCCUGGGAUUAAAACAAUGGUGUAGAGGUGCCGCAUGUUUGUAUAGAAAACGAUCAUCAUCUAAGAAUCUUCAUCACAAAAAUGUUUUUUUUUUGCCAAAGUAUUUAAUUAUUCCUAUAUGUGUCUUCUAGGGGUGAAUGACGAAUCUGUUGAUACAGUUGGGAGCAUGAUUUUUUUAUUAAAAACUAAUUGUGGUUUUUUUCAUAAUUUGUAUUUUUAAAUAAAAAACAUAUUUUACUAAUAAUGUUUAUAUUUGUUUUAUUAGAGUUUUGUAACUAUAAAAUGAACAAAAUAUCUUUAUUUAGUACUUAUAUAAAAUUAUAUAGAGAUAGAUUAUUAAUUUAUGAUUCUGAUGGGACUAUAUAUUAAUUUGGAACAAAUAUUAAGCAACUCAAUUAGAUUCUUGCAAACCAGGAGAAAAGGAGUGGUCGGUCAUGUCGUCUGUAUUUUUACCUUUUCCCAAGUUUUUAAAACGUUUCGUAGCAAUAAACAAAAAUCAAAACGUAGCAUUGUAUUUAUAUAUUUGGAAUCUUAUCAGAUAAGAUGUAACUUUUCUUUUUUUUGUGCACUUCAAAUUUAAUAAGAUGUAAAUAGUCAAAAAUAUAAAUAUAUAUAUAUAUAUAAAACAUAAUUUGUAUUUUAUAUUUGUUUUAUUAAAGAUUUGGAUUAAAGUAUUAAAUUAAUAUAUCAAUACUAAUAAUGUUUUUGAUUCAAAAAUGCACUUGUAAAUUCAAAAUACCUCCCAUAAGCGGAAGAUCUUUGGCGGUUGGUUUGACCAUGGUAUUGAGGAACAAUCAAUCCUUAAACAAAGGAAAGAAUAUUUAAAUCUUAGGCAAAGUGAAAUGGUUUGAUAAUAAAACAUAGUGAAAAAGGUCUCAAUGGAUAAAAUCGAACCAUGAGAUUAAUUACAAACUAAAAUCUUAUAAAGCCAAAAAAAACUAAAUAUUUUACAUGACCGAUAGACGUGAACUACAAUUGUAGUAGAUUAGCAGGCAUGAACUAUUAUAUUAAAUCAAAGUUUUUUGGCGGAGACCAAUAGCUAAAGACGGAAGAUUGUCGGUCUAUGUUUAAUCUUAACCAACUAAAAUCUUAUACGUUUGUUCGCACAGAUUAUCAAUAUGAAUCUAUUAUUAAAACAAUUGAAAAUAAACAGUGGAAGGUGAGCCAAACCCCACGUCUCCAACCGCAUACGGACUUAACUAUCCAACUCUUAAACAUAUUACUUAUGCCAAAAAAUUGACAAAAUUGUGACUUUCAAAUAUUGACUUACACAAAAUCUUGAACGGUUGGCGGUGGUGGUUUUUUCAGAGUGAGAGGGGAUGAAUAUAUAGUCUUCAGAUUAGAGUUCUUGAUCCUAAUGGUAGAAUAUAUGUUAUUUAAUUUUCAAUGAAUACAGUAUGCAUUUUUGACAUGAAAUAUAACGAUUUCCUAAAUUAAAUUGUUCACCAGCUAUAAGAAUAUUAAGUAUGGAGCAAGUUAAAGUUGUAAAAUCGAUUUUGAUUUAGGAUGGCAAAGAUGUGGUAGCUAGAAGACUAAUAAUCAACAAUCAAUGCAUGCAUUGUUUUAUUAUGAUGUAACUGGAGUUGAACCAGGUUAAACCGUGACUCUUCGCAUAUUUUAAUGGUUGGUUUUUUUUUUUUAAAGUCCAGUCCGGAAUGACAUGGCAUAAUGGUUGGUUCUGAUUAUUUUGUUCAUGUGGCAAGGCUUAGGAAGCUAGGAUUUAGCUCCUUUUAUAUAGUAGGAUUAAUAAGUCUGUUAACAGAAUUAUAAGGCUACCGCAAGUAAAACUGAUAAAUAAACUUGAUUCACAGACACAGUCCCAGAACUUGUAAUUAAACCCUAAAACAAAGGGUAAACCAAUCUACACAACAAGCUGUCAUCCUCUCAACUUACUUGCACAGCCUGUCGUUGCCCCCACUGGUCGUUCAAACUUCAAACUCCAAUAUCAAAAAACAUAAUCACAUAACACCAAAAUCCUACGUGGCACGUCUUGAUUAUAUAUAUACACACACACAAAACCACAUUUCUCUUCAUCCUUUCCAAACUAUUCAUCUUGGCCUGAAACCUGGUCGACUCAGUGAGUCAAACCAAAUGGGUAUAUGCAUGUCGUACGAGUCCACGCAGGUGGCGACGGCGAAGCUGAUCUUGCAAGACGGAAGGAUGAUGGAGUUCACGACUCCGGUCAAAGUGGGUUACGUUCUGCAAAAGAAUCCUAUGUGUUUUAUCUGUAACUCCGAUGAUAUGGAUUUUGACGACGUCGUGUCCGCCAUUAGCGCCGACGAGGAGCUUCAGCUUGGACAGCUUUACUUCGCAUUGCCUCUCAGCUCGCUUCAUCAGUCUCUUAAACCGGAGGAGAUGGCUGCAUUGGCUGUCAAAGCUAGUUCUGCUCUUAUGAGAAGCGGUGGCUCUUGCGGCCGAGAUAAAUGCCGGUGUCGCCGGAAAUGUGUUUCUCCGGUUAUCUUCUCUGCCCGGAGAGUUGCGGCGGCAGGAUCUAACGGUCAGACGAGGAACGGGAAAAGACGCGGCGGUGGUGGUAGCGGGAGGAGGAAGUACGAGGCCAAGUUGAGUAAAAUAGAAGAAUGAAAAGUUUGGAGAUUUAGUAAUUAUUGUAGGUUAAAUUUGUGAAUAUCUAGUUAUUAAGGGGGUGCAAAUUACAUUUUAAAACGUGGGGAAAGUGAUUGUAAUUGGUCUACAAUCAUAUGAUUGGAUGAUUUACGUCCUAAAAAUUGAGACAAAAAUUCCAAAAAAGCAUUAAUUUUUUGUUAAACAACCUCAUCUUGGAUAAAAUUUACAACUUUUUUUGGUAUAAAAAAUUUACAACUUUAUUAUAAUUUUUUUGUAAAAAUGUUGGAUUCUCAACAAUAAAAGUGUUGAUUAUUCAAUAGGUUGACCAAAAAAAGUGUUGAUUAUUCAGGAAAAAUUGUAGUAAAAUAAAAUAAAAUAACCAACAUAAAUAUGACCGUUCAAAUGCUCUUUUGUUAAAAAAAACUUUAGUUUUCUGAACAAAGAAAUCACGUGGAUUAAUUUUACUGAUCAUUACACAGAAAAAUUACAAUCUCCGACAUCCCAAAUAUAAAAGAAAAGUACUAAAAAUAUGAUAACUAUUGUUGAGAGUCGGGAUUUAUUUUUUAUUGUUGUUCGUUUUGCACCUUUUGAUCGGUUUGAUAUGCUUGUCUUCCACGAACCACAAUUGUUCUACUCAAUCGGUUUGUUUAUCAACGCAUGUUCCUAUGUUCACAUGUUACCAUUAGAACCCCAAGUUUAAUUGCAUGAUCCUUAUCAUUGCAAUUAAGAUGGGGGUAGUGUAAUCCAAGUGGGCUACAAUUUAUGGAUAGAUAGACCAUGUGACUGAUCUCGUAACUAGUAUGAUGAUUAGAAGGUAAACUAAACCAAACCAAAAUUUUUAACACAAUACAUCAUGGAGUAGUAAACACCAAGUUAACAACGGAAUUUGUAAAAGAAAGCCAUUUUCAGUUAAACAUUUUGAAAAUUGGCAUUGGCAUAUGGCAUAUCAACUGAGAUUUUAAUUAUUACAAUUUACACCUCUCAAGCAUUAGCAUAUUGACUUUCUAAAAAAAAAAAAAAGAUCACCUUUAUGACAUUAAUAUGAAAAAAACACUUAAAUAUCAUAAGAUAUAAGUUAUAACUAAAUAUUCUCAACUAGACUUUAGCAAUAAAACCUCUCAAUACAGCUCAAUAUUUUUUUACGGAUCUAGAGUAAAAUAUAGUUUUGAACACUUAAAAUUUAUAUGUAAUUAAAUUAUUUUGUUAAUUAUAUUCUUUUAAAUUCUUAUGAAUAAUAUUUAGUAUAUAUAUAAUAUUUUAAAUUUUUAAUAUAAUUUGAAUAUUUAAUAUAAAAUAUAUAGAUGUAUAUUAAUUUUGGGUCCUCAAUUAUUAAUUUAUGAGAGGAUAUAUGAUUAUAUUAAGAGGAGUCAAACCUAUUAUUUUCUUUUAAGCCGCCUAUGUCUCAACAAAAAGCUAAUGAUAAAAUUAACCAUUUAUCAAAAUUUUAAAAUCACAAAUUUUCAGAAAUUAAAAUUUAAAAAUAUGAAUUGUAAUUCUCUUAUGAGAUUAUAAAAGAUGACAAUAAGAUUCAAACAAAAACACUAAUCUUAAAAACUUAAACCGAAAACCAGAAAAUAAACUAAACUGGAUCAUAAAAGUCAAGCCAAAAACAAACAAUUUUUCACAAAUAUCUUCUAUAUCUUAAAAACGAAAUCGAGCCAAUAACCAAAUGGAUACUUGAAUUUCUAAGAUACAACUUAUAUACCUAAAACAUUAAUUAUAUUUAGUUCCAAAAUGAUGAAUAUCUUAAAAUACUAUUUAUAGCCGAGUUAUCCAAAUAAACUGAAUAACCAAACUAUUUUUGUGAAAGAUAUAAAAAUAUUUUAAAAAAAUUGAAUUAGCAAUAUUAUAAUUAUCUAAUUUUUUUUGUCGCCAGUUUAUACAUACUCAUACAAACUUUGUAAACCAAUAAUUAUCUAAAUUAUCUAAAUUCUUCGAUAUUUUUAUCUGAAAUCUAAAAUUAUAUUCUAUUCAAUAAGAAAACAAAAUUAGUUAGUAUUUUUUGUGUUAAAUUAUUUGAAUUUUAAUCUGAAAUUACCAAAAUUAAGCAAAAAUUGAAACAGAGUUAGAUCAACAAAAUAAAAUAUUAUGACUUUCAAACAUUUUUAUCAGAACCAUACCAAAAACUAAAAUACAAACUAGGUUUCAUAAAUACUCAAAUGGAUCUUAUAACCCUAGAACCUAAACUCGAAAGCCAAAAAACAAAACAAAAA